AUGCCGCAACGCCCGUCUUUCCCGAAGAUUUCCGUCUUUCACCGGGUCGACGCGGAUGAAGGCAUCCCGACGGCGGAGAGCGAGCGGAAGGGGGGGGCUCGCCCUAAACCGCAGCGCGAGGCGGGCACUUUCGACCACGGCGCCUCCGCGGAGACGCGCCGCAGCCGGGCCGGGCCGGAGGAGGCGCCGCCCACGAUGUGGGAUAUCCUCCACAACCACGACGGGGAGCCCAAACCCAUGCAUUACCCCCACUUUCCCAAUGAGGAUUACUACUACAACGAGUACGAGGACGAUUACGUGGAGAGUCGAUCGCUUAGCCUGUGCUGGGAGAACCCCCAGACGCCGCUUUUGGUCUGCCCGAGGCCCAUCGCGCCGAGUUUUGACGUCUUCUCCUACGCCCCCUCUCACCCGUCCGCCGCCUCGGCGAACCGGCCCUCGAACCACCCACGGGCGGAAUUCGAUCGCAGCGCCCUCACUUCCCGCUCCUUUCCACCGGAUCUCGCCCGGGUUGGGGUGGAAACGACUAUCGAUGCCGGCGUGAGGCCGGUGCCGCAUCCAAUCGCAGCGGCGACCCAAGCGGCGAAGAUGGAAACCCGACGGAACAGCUUUACUGAGGAUCAAAAUGUAAAUAAUCACGCGCCGCACGCCGGGCCGUGCUUUUCCCGGUCGUUUUUCCAUCCUUCACCGCUCGGGAUGCCGGAGCCGGAGCGACUUGCCGGGGGCCAUUUGCCAACCACGAUCCCGCCCAUGCAGCUAUCCACCCCGGUUACUGGCGAUCUGCGCGAUACCACGCGGCAUUCCUCCGCAAACCAACCGAUCCGCCAAAACGAGGAGGAAAAGAUCCUGCCCCUCUCCUCCUCGACCCCGCCGCCGAGCGAGCUGUUCGGCGCGCGCCAUUGCCAACCACAAAAUCCAUCAUCCCUGUUGAUCUCGUCCUCCUUUUCUUUCGCGCGCGCGGCCGUUGAGGGCCAUUUUGGCGAAUUACCCUCCCCCUCCUUUCUUCCUUGCGCGGGGGAGUUUUCCGCUCACGCCGGCGGCAAAGUGCAUUUGGGGAGUAAUGGCAAUAGCCGAUUGGCCGAUCGGACGAUGCCGGCCUCGGAAAGGGCAUUUUUGCCGAGUUGUGCUUCUGUCAAGCCCUCCAGCGUCUUUUCCACGUCUUCGUCAAAAUGGAAUCCUACAAUGAAUAAUCCUACCCAAAGCAUGGAGAAAAAACAAAUGGAGGAUAUAAUGCGCGAAUCCGUUCUAAGGAAUGAUCCCAAAGACGCAAAAGAAGAGGGGGAGGUCUAUUCGUCUCUGCAAAAAUCUUUGGAGUCCCUUUGUGUGCUUCAUUCGCCGAAUAAACUGACGCCUCAAAAAUUACCCAGCGGCCUUCGUAAAGCCGAGAUGAACUCGGAAAACUUCCACGUGUACUACGCCUUCGCCAAUUGUCAAGGGCAUCGACGAAAACAAGAGGAUUAUGUGGUGAUUUUACCGGAGAUUAAAGUUUCUUGUAAAAAAUCCACCAAAAACAACAACGAGGAAGAGGAAAAGAUGGCAGUUGACAAUGAUUCAAGCGCGGGGGCACAACCAUCCUAUGUGUGCUCCCCCGAGCAGACGAUCUUCGCGGCGGAGGGUAAAUUCAGCACAAAUCGCCCCCAAUCCCAAAGCGUGAUCGCCACCGAAAGGGAUUUUUUCGAAUCCCCUUCACCUUUUAUCGAAAAGAAGCCGCCAGGUGAGUUUUCUUUGGGUUGUUUUGCGGUCUUUGAUGGCCAUGGCGGUGAUGACGUCUCGCGGCGGGCGGCGCAUUACUUCGCCCAGCACUUCCAAGCCGCCUUUCAAGCGCACUACCAACUCAUUGAAGAUAAUUCAACGGCGAAGUCCCCCAGCGGCGAAAAGAUCCCGCAAGAAAAGGUCAAAAAGACCGCGAGAGGGCGAAUGUGGAAACAUUAUCGUACGCGGCUGCUGAGCGCGGCGUUAGUUCAGUCCCUUCUUCACAUCGAUUUUACCAUUUACAAGCGGCUUUGCAAUGAUAUUGCGCAGAACCGACAACACUUUUCGGGCGUCCAUGCGGGAUCAACCUCCUGCAUUGUGGCGUUUUAUCGCCCUUCCGACCGCGAAACGCCUCGGAAAGGGAAGCCAACCCUGAUGAAUCGAUCCACCUCUUGUAAUGCACCUUCCAGAGCCAAUUUUCUUCAUCAAAGUCUUCGACUUGGUAGUUUGCCACCCCCCGCUUUGGGCGAGAAUCCAAAAGAGAUGUGGGGUCCGCCGAAUAGCAGGGGCUUAUCCUCGUCCAACUUCAGAGGCGGUGAUGAAUUCAACUCACCUCUUCACGAGCGAACGCCACCCUUUCCCGACGGUGGGUUCGACCCUGUCGAGGAACCCCAUCCCCGCCUGAAAUGCGAAAAGCCCCUAAACGACAAGGCAAACCGAAAAGCCAAACCCCACAACAACUUUGACGACGACGACGAGGAGGAGGUGGAGGUGGAGAGGGAUCUUAAGCGCGGCCCGUCCACGCGAUUAUCCAUCGCCAACCUCGGCGAUUGUCGGGCGGUGAUCGGGGCCCUCUCCACCGGCGCGCUUCUCUUUCAAACGUGCGAUCAUCGCGUGCGGAGCUGCCCUGGCGAGACUUCGCGAAUUAAAAAAACGGCGGGCGAGUUCUCUACGAUAGCGUCGAGGGCUCUCUGGACAUCACGCGCGGACUCGGUGAUUACGAUUACAAAACGAAUCCUCUCACUUGGUGGGAGCAGGAGGCGGAGAAGAAUGAGGAAGAGAGCCCGUCAAAUGCGAAACCGCCUUCCCAUAGCACAAAAAUAA